GUUGUAUCUAGUUUGACGGGUUUUCCUGCGACAAUGCAUCUUACUCUAAUCUUCCGAGGCGUCACGGGCGGCGCCGCGUCGGCCACUUGCAUUGGAAGCAACCUGUUGCAGCACCGUCGUUGGCGUACAGGAGCACUAUGGCGUUGACGACUGAAGUCCCGGAAACUCGCCGUGUGGCCCAGCUGGAGCAGAACCAAGAGGAACCGCACGUCGACCUCACGACGCCGCCCGUGUCGGACAAGGAGGACGAGCCGCGCACGAGCAGCCCGGAACGAUUUGAGCUCGAGACGUUUACGCCGUUUUCGUCUAGUCAUCUGUGGAAGCUCAUGAGCUCGUUUUACGACCGGCAAGGCGUCGAGUCGUGGGCGCAGGGCAUCGUGCCGCACUUCAUCACGUCCAACACGUUCAUUGCGAAAAGAUACGUGCAAGUGUUUGUGGCGUACUUGCGCGACGCGUUGACUCAGCUGGAUCCGACGGAACCGCUCUACAUUGUCGAGCUGGGCACGGGCAGCGGCAAGUUUUCGUUUUACUUUUUGCAGUGGCUGCACGACAUGGAAGCCGUGUUGAACCUAUCGUUUCCACUCGGUCAAAUCCGCUACGUCAUGACCGACUUCACCGACUCGAACCUCAAGUUCUGGCAGACCCACCCCGCACUCGCGCCGUUUGUGCAGCGGGGCACGCUGGACUUUGCCAUCUUCGACGCCACACACGACUUGUCUCUGUACACCGCGGCUAAGUGGAUGCAAAGGACGACUCGAAGGGCGAAAUCCACGUGGCUCUCCGAAACACGCUGUUUUAUAAUCGAUGGGACGUGGCUGGCCAGGCCGUGAGAGCUGGGUUGAAGCACAAACGGUAUAAACUCAUCGUGGGGGUGGACACGAUGUAGGAGAUGUUGUUCGUAGGACGGAUCGGUUCGACGUGGCGCUCUAUCCUGGCUACGAGGCCCAGCGAACACACCAGGCAUCGUUUCGGGGAGAGCCGCCGUCGAACCAAGGAGCCAAGACGUACGUCUUUGCCAAAGACGCGACCUUUGUCGAACCAGUGGAUGCUGUUGUUCCUUCGGCCAAGCCAGCCCAGUCAAAGCCGAAAAAGAGCGCUGAAAGAGCGGCUGCGACGAAGAGCAGUUGGCAGUGCCUCGCUUGCAAAGCCCACUUCAAUUUGCAGACAAAGUACAACGCACACAUCAACUCGGCCAAACACGCCAAGACGGUGAAGGCGCAAAAGAAGAAAAAGUAGGAUGUCAACGGUGUCAAUAGAUCGGCAGGUUUGCUCGAUUCCUGUCGCUGUCGCACUUGGACUCCCUUGCCAUUCCACUUCCAUCGCUCUUCUGCUUCCAUCGCUCUUCUGCGCAAUCCCAUUUCAUGUGCGACACAACACGCGAAGAAAGCCCGCUAGUCCUUGACAUCAGAGAGCCGCUUGGCUACACGUUGCGUAUCACUCGUCCAAUGACCACCAAUUCAUUGUUCGUCCAAGGCACUCUCCACACAACGUCCAUCUCUUGCGUCGACAACGUCGUUCCAUGGCGCUGUCGUGCAGCGCUUGUGAUUCUUUCGUUUCCGAAGAGUACGUCCCUCUAGAUCGCCCCCUCACGUAGCCGUGACAGGGGCGCCGCGUUGAGUCCCCCCCUG